AUGAAAGCACUGUCCGUACCGAUAUGCAGAUGGCAUAAGCAGCACUUUGGGGACAUGACUGAGAGGAUAAAGAGAUUUCAGGAAGAAAUAAAGAAGGUGGAUGAUAUGGUUAGUAGUGGCCACUAUGAUGGUACAAUGGAGGCAAGGAAAAGGGCAUUAGUGCGAUGUUGUAAGAAGUGGUAUGUGAGACAAGAUGUUUACUGGAAGCAAAUGUCAAGAUCUCGGCAUGCUCACGAGAUGGAUAGGAACACAAAAUAUUUUCACAAUAUUGCUUUGACAAGAAGAAGGAAUAACCGUAUUGAAUCCUUGGAGAUUAAUGGGAGGAUAGUGAAGAAUCAAGCAAGGAUCAAAAUUGCUAUAAGGGAUUUUUAUAAAUGUUUGUACCACCAAGAAGGUUCCCCAAGUGUGAGCUUCAGGGAUGGAUUAGUCAAUCGAUUGGAGAGGGAGGAAGCAGAAGGCUUAGAGGUGAUACCAUCAGUGGAGGAGGUGAAAGAGGCAGUGUGGGAUUGUGAAUCUUCUAAGGCUCUAGGGAGUGAUGUGUACAACAUGAACUUUAUAAAAAUGUGCUGGAACGAGAUAGAAAUGGAGUUCACUGCAGCUGUGAUAAGUUUUUUUGAGACAGCAAGACUACCAGCAGAAUCUAAUAUCACAUGGGUAGCGUUGGCGCCAAAAUUUGUUGGGACAAAAGAGAUUAAAGAUCUAAGACCUAUCAGCAUGGUUGGUUAUGUAUAUAAAGUUAUCUCUAAAUUUUUUACUCGAAGAAUGAGGCGUGUGAUGCCAGGUUUGGUUGGGGAAUCACAGACAGCCUUUGUGAAGGGGAGGAAGAUCCAUGAUGGAGCCUUAAUUGCAUGUGAAACGAGAAGAUGGGCUUCGGUAGAACAUGAAGGGCAUGGAUUAGAGAGUGUGUUAGCUCGGCAUCUAUAUCCAUUCUGGAUAAUUGAAAAUGCAGUAAAGAACGGACGAAUAUCUUCACUCUUAUUCGGGAGGGAUAAUAUAGAGUUGUCACACCUACAAUUUGCUGAUGACACUAUAUUAUUCUGUCCGUCGGAAGAGAAUACAGUGAGAAACUAUCAGAGACUACUGAGGUGCUUUGAAAUUAUGUCUAGAUUGAGCAUUAAUUUUGAAAAGUCCAACUUGAUACCAGUGAAUUGUAGCCAGGAGUGGGUUAGCCGGAUGUGUCAGUUACUAGGGUGCCAGGAGGCAGCCUUACCAGUGAGGUAUCUUGGCAUUAACCUGGGAGCAAAUCCCCGAUUGGUGAAAACUUGGAAGCCGGUUUUAGAUAAGGUGGAGGAGAAACUGAGUUUGUGGAAAGCAAAGGUGCUUAGUAAGGCUGGAAAGCUAGUGCUCAUCAAGUCGGUGAUCAACAGUCUACCUAUUUAUUACCUGAGCUUAUAUAAGAUGCCAAAUAUGGUUGCACGUAGAAUCAUUGCCUUGCAGAGGAAGUUCUUCUGGGGAAAGGAUGAUGGAAGACCGGGUAUGGCUCUCGUGAAGUGGGAGAUAGUCCAGGCUCCAAAGAAGCUGGGAGGGUUGGGAGUGGGUGAUGCAGUUGUCCGUAACACUGCCUUACUGUUCAAAUGGUAG